UUAAUCAGAAUUUUUUUUAUCAGAAUCGGAGUUAAAAAAAAAAAAAGGCAAGCGCAACAAACAAUACAUGAUGAAGAUUACAUCGCUGAUUCACACAUCCAACAUUUGAAAUUCAAUUUGAAAAGUUUAACGGCAAAAAAAAGAAAAAGUCUUAAUCAUAUUCUGGGUUCCAAAUUCUCAACAACUAACCCUUUUCAGUUUUCACACUCACUUUGCUUGCUUUGGUGUGUCGGAGAGAAAUGGAAAACAAUGGUGCUGAAUCUGAGAAUCCGAAAGGGAUUCCAAUUCACGGAGGGAAGUACGUUCGCUACAACAUCUUAGGCAGCCAUUUCCAAGUCUAUUCCAAGUACGCUCCCCCUCUCCAACCCGUUGGUCGCGGCGCAUACGGCAUCGUUUGCUGUGCGACGAAUUCGGAGACGAAAGAAGGAGUGGCGAUAAAGAAGAUUGGGAAUGCGUUUGACAACAGGAUCGAUGCCAAGAGAACGCUCAGGGAAAUCAAGCUUCUCUGUCACAUGGAACAUGAUAACAUAAUUAAAAUAAAGGACAUAAUUCGGCCAGCGGAGAGGGAGAAUUUCAACGAUGUUUAUAUUGUGUACGAAUUGAUGGACACCGAUCUGCAUCAGAUUAUACAGUCUAAUCAGUCUCUCACCGAUGAGCAUUGCCAGUACUUCUUAUAUCAACUCUUGCGAGGAUUGAAGUACAUCCACUCUGCAAAUGUUUUGCACCGAGAUCUAAAACCAAGCAAUUUACUUCUCAACGCAAACUGUGAUCUCAAGAUAUGUGACUUUGGGCUUGCCAGAACAACCUCUGAGACCGACUUUAUGACAGAAUAUGUUGUCACUCGUUGGUACAGAGCCCCUGAAUUGCUACUAAACUGUUCAGAAUAUACUGCAGCUAUUGAUAUUUGGUCGGUUGGUUGCAUUUUGAUGGAGAUAGUUAGAAGGGAGCCUUUAUUUCCUGGUAAAGAUUAUGUCCAACAGUUGGCCCUUAUAACUGAGUUACUAGGUUCACCAAAUGACUCGGAUCUUGGAUUCCUCAGAAGUGAUAAUGCAAAGAAAUAUGUUAAGCAGCUCCCACAUGUAGAAAAGCAAUCCUUCGCAGAGCGGUUUCCUGAAAUGUCCCCCUUAGCAAUUGAUCUUGCUGAGAAAAUGCUGGUUUUUGAUCCCUCCAAGCGCAUAACUGUCGAGGAAGCCCUGAAUCACCCCUAUAUGGCAAGUCUUCAUGAGAUCAACGAGGAGCCCACUUGCCCAACUCCUUUCAUAUUUUCUUUCGAACAGACAAUUCUCAAAGAAGAAGAUAUAAAGGAGCUCAUAUGGAAGGAGUCUCUAAACUUCAGCCAGGAUCAUCAGAUGUUGGAAUAGCCUUUGGCAAAAUGGUUUUUUUUUUUUUGGAAAAAAAUGUAAAUUAUAUUAAACUCAAAAUGAUACAAUAAUAAACGGAGCAUACCCCGCAGUUAAAGAAAAUCAAAAGUCUCCCUAAUACAAGAAGACCUAUAUCAAGAUGCUAAAACAAAUGCAACAUGUGCGCUUGUUUAUACAUAAGAAACUUAAUGCUUGUCUAUACAAAUGCAACGGGGCAAAAUGGUUUUUUAUCAUUAGAUUCUAUGGAGUUUCAUAAUACAGGUUUGGCUGGAGUUGGGUGGGAAAGUGGUUUUAGUUUUAUAAAACAUGUCAUAAAUUGUUGUUUUUAGAGGUCUGGAGUUGCAAGUGCUGCAUGUGAUUCUGUAAUCUGUAAUCAGAGUGAUUAGGGAGGUUCUCCCAAUUCCUUUGUCCUGAGAGGGCAAUGUGUUUUACUUUUUCUUUUAUUUCUUGGGGAGGAUUAUGGUACCCACAAAGCGUUGGUGCUUCUUAUACAUAAGAGAGGGGCAUAAUCAAAUGCCUCCAAGUCCCAAGACGUUGUCUUCUUCGGCUUCGAAUUGUAUAAAUAUCCAAAUAUAGUAGUUAUACUGAAGUUAUUGAAGAUAAGCCACAAUAAAGUGGUUCUUAAUUUUGGGUGCU